CUGCUGCUGCUGCGGCUGGUUAUUAGUUUCCUCACUGCGCUGGUGAAGGGAAAGCUACUCAUCAUCGACUGCAGACUGAGGCAGCUGCUGCUGGUGGAGCUGCCACUGCUCCUACCAUCCCCACCCCAUCCCUGCUUGCCAUGACUGCAGCGUAACGCGAGCGCCCACAGGGCCCACAGUGUCUGAGGAUGGACGAUGGCGCAGACAGGCAGAGACCAGACACCUGGACUACAUAGGUGGUUUUUAUAGUACGUUAUUUUGGCCUUCCUCUCAGCAGGUGGGUGUGAAAAAGGCCACCAUUUUGGGAACGUAAAAUUAGCGAGGGUCCAACAAGGUGGACAGCCAACAAAAGUCAUCCCCUCUGUCUGAUGGUUAAUUUUAUUCGGCUGUCUGUACGCAAAGGCAAGCGAGCAUGCUUAUGGGCCAUUUGUGCCAAGGAAUGCGAGGGACUUUUUUUGCCUCCAUCUCCACAGGCAUUUUGCACCACGGUGCGUCUGGGUCCUCUGUCUCCUUUUCCUCUCCUCUACAGAUGCCUCCCUGCUCCUCCACUCCUGAGUCCCGACUUGAGUGGAAAAACCGACCCAUUUCACUCAAUAAUUCCUAGAGCACUAUGUUCCUCCUCUACCUCCUCCUCUUCUUACUGUAACUGCCCCCACAGGGGUCAUGUGGCGUUGAGAUCUGUGCGCCACGUCUACCGCACCCUGACCAAGCCAUUAUUAACAGCAUUUGUCCCCAGGACGUGCAACAGAGGAAUCAGACGUCGGUUCAUCCCAUUUCCUGCCGACUCACGAAUUAGCGUGGCCUCCUGCAAAAAAUGGCUCACUGAGCAAGCGCAGUGGUGUCACGAUGAGCUGCCAAUGGCUGACAUCUAAGUUUUUUAUUUGAGUACCUUUAUCCGCUCUUUAAACAUCAGGAAAUCUGUGAUGGCCUUUUUUGGCUGUUCGUAAAGGGCUCAUGGUCUAACAUAUGUAGGGUUGAAUUCCACCUUGUUUUGCAAGUCACAGCAUUGAGGAAGUCGGUACGGGGGCCCAU